AUGACACGGGGCUGCCAGGGAGGGCACCGGGAGCUCCUGCCUCCGUUUGCCGGUGCCCGGAACGCCGGGCGGCCCCGCGAGUGCUCCCGCAGCUUCGCCCCGUCCGCAGGCCGCUGUCAGCCGCACCCGAGCCCGGCCCCGCUCCCGCACCAGGCCCGGGCCCGGCUCCCGUUCCUGAGCCCGGCUCCCGCUCCUGGGCCCGGGCCUGGCUUCCCGCUCCCGCUGCCCGGCCCUGCUCCCGCCGUCAUUUCGGAGCCGCCACCAAAUGGCUGCCCGGGUCCCCGGGCCGGCCCCGCGGCCUGGCGGGGCCCGCCGGGCGCCGACACCCCCGCGGUCCCCGACGGGCCGCACUGGACGGGCUCAGCCCGACGCCGCUCCCGCCCGGCUCCCGCGGCGCCGGGAGGCAGAGGAAGGACCGGGGAGGAGGGUGAUGAGGUGGGGGGGAGCGGGGCGGGGGGGGGGGGGACCGGGCGGGGCCCCGGCGGGUCAGCGCGUCCCCCGCGGCGGCCGCCCCCGCCCAGCUCGGUCCGAGCCGUGCGGUGCGGUCCGUACCUGCUGGGCGGGGGCGGCGGCCGGAGCGCGGUCGGGCGGUGCCGGCCUCACGCGCCAUGGGGCGGGCGCGCGGCCCGGCGGAGGCAGCGGCGGGAGCCCCGGCGGCGCCGCCUCAUCGCGCUGACAGCGGCCCCGCCGCCACGCCCCGCGACGCCGCUCUCUCUCUCUCGCGAGACCCGCGCGCCGCACGUGACCGCGCGGAGGGAGGGAGGGGGAGUUACCAUAGAGACGGCGGUGCGGAUGCGCCCGCCGCACGGGCCCCGCCGCCAGGGGCAAGCGGGGGGUCAUCGAGACGGCGUGACAGAGCGGCGGGCGGCGCCGGCAGCGCCCCCUUGCGGCGCCCCUCGGGAGGAGCCGCCUCAGCGGUUCCGCGGUGCGCAACGUUCGCCUCUGGCGUCGAUUGCUUAUUGUCCUUUUAAAAUUUAA